UUUCCUCUGUUCGCUUUUUCUUCUUCUGUCUCGAUGUCGUGUCGUGGACUUUGUCUCUGUCGUCUUUGUGGUCUCUGUGUUGUGAUGUGGUGGUGCUGUUUUUUUUUCCCACUGUGUGAUUGGUUCCUUUCGAUCGAUCCACCCGUCUCUUUUCCUCUGCGCUAAACAUCCGCAAUCUAGCUCCAGGCUAAUGUAGCUAGCGUGUAAGAGAAUUUCUAAAUCAUCAGACACUCUUAGGAAAAAGUAGAGGAUUCUUAAGGGUUCUGUGUAUUUACAUAGAACCAUAUAAUCCAAAGAGUGCUUUAUGGUUCUAGUUUUAUAAAAAAAAAAAAAAAAGACAAAACCAGAUAUGUAGAAAUAAACCAAAGAGCACAAAUUACUGUACACUAUGAAUAAUGUCUUUACUCCAUGCCUCCUUUUUUUAAUAUCUAGCUAUCAUUGUAUCAGAGCCCACAAACGCAAGACAGCAUUUUUUUAGCAUGCUGCUAAUCUGGAGCCUACGAUCUUCCCUUACGUUUCAGACAAGCUCGUUUUUUUUUUUUUUUUUAAACGAUCUUAUUAGCCAAUCACACAGAACAAAGCUUUGCUUAUGUCCAAAUGUCCAUUUCUGUCUUUCUCUCAUUCUUUUACUCUUUACUUUCACUUCUUCCACUACUGUGCUAACUCUUUCUCGAUCUCGCUCCCCCCUUCCUUCGUUCCCGUGGCUCGUUCACUUCGUCCUGUCUGUCGAACCUGCAUCCCAUUUCAUCCCUCUGUCCUUCCUUCCUUCCUUCCUUCCUUCCCUCUCUCCCUCCCUCUCUGUCUCACUGUCUGCCCCUCUUCUCCUGUCUUCCUUCGCUGUUUUUCUCCCGUAGACAGCAGCGACAGCGACUUAGAGCUGGCCACCGUCAGGCACCAACCCGAGGGCCUGGAGCAGCUUCAGGCUCAGACCAAGUUCACCCGCAAGGAGCUGCAGUCGCUCUACAGGGGCUUCAAAAACGAAUGCCCGAGUGGCCUGGUCGAUGAAGAAACUUUCAAGACCAUCUACUCUCAGUUUUUUCCCCAAGGAGGUAAAAGACGGACCUCGUUUCUUUUAUUUAUUUAUUUAUUUAUUUAUUUUUCGAAGGAAAAAGAAAGUAUUUAUUUGAUGAUACCGUUUUGGUUUUCUUCCCUAGAUGCCACCACAUACGCUCACUUCCUGUUUAACGCUUUCGAUCUGGACAGAAACGGCUCCAUUCGCUUCGAGGACUUUGUGAUCGGCCUGUCUGUGCUCCUGAGGGGCUCCGUCACAGAGAAACUCAACUGGGCCUUCAACCUGUACGACAUCAACAAAGACGGCUACAUCACCAAAGAGGAAAUGCUGCUGAUCAUGAAAUCUAUCUACGAUAUGAUGGGCAGAUACACUUACCCCAGCGUACGAGACGAAGCGCCGUCUGAGCACGUGGAGAAGUUCUUUCAGAAAAUGGACAGAAAUCAAGACGGCGUGGUGACAAUCGAGGAGUUCAUCGAGACGUGUCAGAAGGAUGAAAACAUCAUGAGCUCCAUGCAACUCUUCGAGAAUGUGAUAUAAAGAUAUAAAGCAGACCAACAACAAUGACAACAACAAAAAAAAAAACUCCUUGGGAAAAAAAAACACUCCUUCAUUGUUCCGAAUCUUCUCACAGAAAGCCAGGAGCACAGCGUCCGGCACUCCAACUGGCACCAAUAAAGACAGCACACAGGGGGUAAAAUGGCCAAGGCGGGGGAGGGGGGAGGGGGUAUUACUGCACAGCACUAUGUAAAGGAAGAAAAAAAAAAACAGAAGACGAAUCGGAAGUAUUCAGGGAAACCAAUUUUCUAGAUCGGAUGAGAUCAGAUCUUCGUUUUCAUCGGUUUUGCUCCCUGCUCCAGUCCGAACAGAUCAUGUGGAUCGUCAUGUAGUCAACGCUGUUCCUCCAACGACCACCAGGGGGCGUCAAACACUCAAAGAAGCACAAGGGAGGGAUAGAAGGAGGGAUAGGAGCAGGAAUAGGAUGGGGAAAAGCAUCAUAAAAAAGAGACUAAGACAAAAAAAAAAAAAAAAUCAAACUUAAGCAUGCUCAUCCGAAACGACGUGUGAUUUUUCGUGGUUUGCUUGCACCGAGAAUGUCAAAGUUGUACAUUUCCUUCUUUUUGUUGGCGGGCCAGUAUAUUUCUCCUGACACACACACACACACACACACACACACACACACACAAUACAGGACUCAUACUGUAUGUAUAGCGUGACGUAGCGUAACUUCUAAUUUCAGCUUGAAUCUUUAUUGCACUGAUCAUCAGCGAGGGAUCUAAGGUGACAUAUCAGGCCUCGGUUUUGGCUUUUUUUUUCUUCCAAAAAAAUAUAUAAUAACGUGUGUUAAGUAUUUUCAAGUUUUGUUUAGUGAUAUUCAGAUUAAAUUCAGUGUGUGAGGGUGGCACGGUGUUGUGAGAAGAACGAACUUUAUUAUAAUUCGAACCCACACAUGCAGCAAUGUAAAUGUGUUUAUAUUAUUUAUUCUGUUUCGUUUGAUAAAGAAUAUUAUCUUAUGUUGUUCUGAUGAAUAAAGAUGCACUUCUCUUAAUCCGA